AUGGCGCCUCCUUCUGUGGAAUUCUCAACCGGGGACAACUAUCCCCGACAGCCUGUUCGUCCGCCUCCUCUUCCACCUCCACCCCCGCCGGUUCAGCCUUCCUAUAAGCCUUGCCACACAUGCCACAAGUAUACGAAGACUUUUAUCUGCAUUCAAUGCAACAGCCUUCCAUUCUGUGACAAGUGCUGGUCAACCUGGGUGCUCCAUGUCGACGGGGCCACUGGCUGGGGCGGGCGACCACACGAGAAGUCGGAUCCCCAUGUCAUCACGCGCCUCCGAGAUAUCCUAGAACCCGUGACUUCGAACGCAGACCAUGAGAAGAGUCUCGAGUUGGACGAUGAUACCACCUGGUUCGGCGUCGUCCGUAACCAGUCCCAACAACAAGUCUUCCAAGACUACGGGAGAUUCGCUGCAUUGAUAAGCGAGAGCCAGAGCGAGGAGGCCGAGGAUCGUUUCCCCCAGCUGGUCUCCUUUAUCGGCCAGACAGGUGCCGGCAAAAGCACGCUAAUCAAAAUUCUCAUCGAACGUGCCCAAGCUGAGAGGAGUACUGGUGGUAUAAUCGCUCUUGGGCUUGGUGUGAACAAUUGGAGCGUCGAUGAUUGCAUUUCAACGUUCCGAGAUCUAUGUCGCCAAGCCUUCACUCCGCGCGAGCUGAAGGGUGUUCCAACCGUUCGAGGAGUUACUCAGAGACAAAUUCGACCAGAACCGGCCUUUAUUUGGAGGCCCUUGGGUGGAGACACAGCCGACUCACUACCUGGAGGUCCCAACGAGUCAGGUGAAAUGGCAACAAAGGUUGCAGUCACAUCAACCGUCUCGGUCGACCAGCAUGCCGUGGUCAUUUCAAACUACAACAGGCCGGAGAGUUCAGCAUUUUGCACGCCAUAUCGGUUUCAGAGAGCACCCGAUCCAGGCACGGAAAUGAAAGUUUGGGAAGCAGCAAGAGCUAUAGCUGCAGCACCGCCCUUCUUCAAGCCUUACGAGAAGCCUGAGACCAAGGACAUGUACAUCGAUGGCGCUCUCUACCACAACUGCCCAGUGUGGGUUGCCCACCACGAGAAGAAGCUGAUCUGGGGCGACGUCAGUAGCCGCCUACCAGAUUUACUGGUUUCUGUUGGAACCGGUUUCCAUAAACACGAUUCACCAGACGAUCCCGCAGGGCGUCUUUCGCCCAAUCGCAAACAUAGGGCAACCAGGAAGUCUCUCCUCACGCAACUGUAUCAUACAGGAAGUGGAAGACUUGGUGACACUCUCAACUGCAACCGAAUUUGGGAGUCAUUCUUGGCUGAGAACGCUCAACUGCACGGCCGCUCAAUCCCAGAUGGAGAGCAACGUUACGUGAGGAUCAACCCUGAUCUUGGGGAAAGCCUACCCAGGCUCGACGAUGUGUCAAUGAUGGACGAGGUUGAGCGCACUGUUUCCAGCACUUUUUUCUUCGAGACAGAUCCCGGUCGGAUCAAGGAGGACAGAAACGGAUUUUGGUGCCAGGGUCGCAUUCUUUGCAGGUUUCUCGACCGUUCUGAUGAGUUAAAGGCUCUUGGGAAGUUCCUUCAGGCUUGUGUCAGUGGGGACUUUGAGCCCUAUUUCCUCAUUCAGGAGCAGGGCUAUUCCUCUGAAAAAUUCAAACUCAAAGAGGACAUCAUUAAUACGAUUUCCAGCGACCGAUACUUCCCCAUCAGUGGCUUUCCACGAGAAUUAGUGGUUGAGGAUAGGAGGCCAGCACCGCCCAGAGCUCCCGUAGGCAACGGGAUCCGCCGUGACCUCAGUGGGAGACGAAGAUUUUGGAAUACUGCAGGGGACCACUUGAAUAGGGAUCUAGAUCAGCAUGCCUUAGACCCUCUCGACAACUUGACAUUGAGUCCAUCUGCCUCAAGGCUUGCUGAUCUAAGGAAGGGCAGUGACAUGUUUGGCAUGUCCUCAUCCGAAACGGAGCGGUACUCUUUUGCUAGGCAACAACUUGACUGCCACCAUCGCCGAGUGUGGACGGAACACGCUGGACGUGAUGUACGGCGGAAAAAUCGCGCGUCGAGACACCACCUUGGAGAAGCGCCACGUCUAGGAUCAAGCGAGCGAUGCGAUGCGAUGCGCUCGCGGGACAAGACUUUCGUUACUAUACCCUUUCCCAGCGAUGUACCCCCUCACGUUGUGGUGGAAUAUAUCCAGACAUAUGAGCCUGUCUUGCAGCAUAACCCAGGCGUAGUCUCGUAUGACCCUGUCGAUAUUGAUCCUGCUCAGUUUGCAACCGAUCCAUGGUUGGAUCUCUGCGAGUUUGAUUCAUCACUGCGCCUCUUUCAAGCCCACGAAAUCAUCUGGCUUGCCCCAGGCGUUCAAAAGAACUUGAGCUGGCUCAUCCUUUUUCAGCGCGUCCCUGACGGCAUUGUGUGCCGCUGCAAGGCGGGCGUUGGUGUUGUCAGCUGGACUGAAUGGUCUGUACGACCACGUCAACGGGAGGAGAGCUCGCCAAGCACACCUAGCACGGCAACUCCCUCCAGCCAAGAUGGGGAUGACGGCUGGGAAUUACAAGGGAUUGUGACGGUAGAGGCUAACCGGCUGCUUUUGCCUUCUUGCAUGUGGAUUGCAAAAUGGUUACAGAAGCAAAUUGGACAGUCGAUGGUUAAUGAAGCAUGUGUAAAACAUGUUACGGCAAGCAAAUCAUGA